CUGCGUCCCUGCGCGCUCGGCGCUUCAGAGGAGGAGCUAGGCUCCCUUUUGGACAUGCGCACUUGGAGCUUGCGAGCUCACGCGCGACCCAUUGCGCAUGUGCGUUGCUAAGGGUAGCAAAGGUAGCCGAAGUGGUUUGUGGAGAGAAGCCUGUUGCUGCCGAGGCUGGGAGGAGGGGCCCGAGGCGUGUGGGAAACGGCGAUGAGGGCCGUGUUGACGUGGAGAGACAAAGCGGAGCAGUGUAUCUACGACCUUGCAUUUAAACCUGAUGGAACUCAACUGAUUCUGGCUGCAGGAAACAGAUUGCUGGUUUAUGACACCUCUGAUGGCACCUUACUUCAGCCCCUGAAGGGACACAAAGACACUGUGUACUGUGUGGCGUAUGCAAAGGAUGGCAAGCGCUUUGCUUCUGGAUCUGCUGACAAGAGCAUCAUUAUCUGGACCUCAAAACUGGAAGGCAUUCUGAAGUACACGCACAAUGACUCUAUACAGUGUGUCUCCUACAAUCCUGUUACCCACCAGCUGGCAUCUUGUUCCUCCAGUGACUUUGGGCUGUGGUCUCCUGAGCAGAAGUCUGUCUCCAAGCACAAAUCCAACAGCAAGAUCACCUGCUGCAGCUGGACAAAUGAUGGUCAGUACCUGGCUCUGGGGAUGUCCAAUGGUAUCAUCAGCAUCCGGAACAAAAAUGGCGAAGAGAAAGUGAAGAUCGAGCGCCCUGGGGGCUCCCUCUCCCCAAUAUGGUCCAUCUGCUGGAACCCUUCAAGCCGAUGGGAGAAUAUCUGGAUGAGCAGAGAGAACGAGGAUGCUGAGGAUGUCAUUGUCAACAGAUAUUUUCAGGAAAUCCCUUCCAUUCUGAAGUCAACAGUGUACAGUAGUCAGGGUAGUGAGGCAGAGGAGGAAGAGCAAGAGGAAGAGGACGACAGUCCCAGGGACGGCAACUCAGAGGAACAUAAUGACAUCCUGGCUGUAGCUGACUGGGGACAGAAACUUUCCUUCUACCAGCUGAGUGGGAAACAGAUCGGGAAGGAUCGGCCACUGAACUUUGACCCCUGUUGCAUCAGCUACUUCACUAAAGGAGAGUACAUUUUGGUAGGGGGUUCAGACAAGCAGGUAUCUCUUUUCACCAAGGAUGGAGUGCGGCUGGGGACCGUUGGGGAGCAGAACUCCUGGGUGUGGACCUGUAGAGUGAAACCUGACUCCAAUUACGUGGUGGUAGGCUGCCAGGAUGGCACCAUUUCCUUCUACCAGCUUAUCUUUAGCACAGUUCACGGACUUUACAAGGAUCGGUAUGCCUACAGGGACAGCAUGACAGAUGUCAUUGUGCAACACCUGAUCACAGAGCAGAAAGUUCGGAUUAAAUGCAGAGAGCUUGUCAAGAAAAUUGCCAUCUACAAGAAUCGAUUAGCUAUCCAGCUGCCAGAGAAGAUCCUCAUCUAUGAGUUGUACUCUGAUGACUCGGCAGACAUGCACUACCGGGUAAAGGAGAAAAUUGUCAAGAAGUUUGAGUGCAACCUGCUGGUGGUGUGUGCUGACCACAUCAUCCUGUGCCAGGAGAAACGGCUACAGUGCCUGUCCUUCAGUGGAGUGAGGGAAAGGGAAUGGCAGAUGGAAUCUCUCAUUCGCUACAUCAAGGUGAUUGGUGGCCCCGCUGGAAGAGAAGGUCUGUUGGUAGGCCUGAAGAACGGCCAGAUUCUGAAGAUCUUUGUGGACAAUCUCUUUGCUAUUGUCCUGCUGAAGCAGGCCACAGCCGUGCGCUGCUUGGACAUGAGUGCCUCCCGGAACAAGCUGGCUGUGGUGGAUGAAAAUGACACGUGCCUGGUGUAUGACAUCCACACAAAGGAGCUGCUUUUCCAGGAACCAAAUGCCAACAGUGUGGCCUGGAACACCCAGUGUGAGGACAUGCUUUGCUUCUCCGGAGGAGGUUACCUCAACAUCAAGGCCAGCACCUUCCCAGUGCACCAGCAGAAGCUGCAGGGCUUCGUCGUCGGCUACAAUGGCUCCAAGAUCUUCUGCCUUCAUGUCUUCUCUAUGUCUGCUGUGGAGGUGCCACAGUCAGCUCCGAUGUACCAGUACCUUGAUAGGAAAAUGUUCAAAGAAGCAUACCAGAUCGCUUGCUUGGGAGUGACAGACACUGAUUGGCGUGAACUUGCCAUGGAAGCUCUAGAAGGACUAGAGUUUGAGACUGCAAAGAAGGCCUUCACCAGAGUCCAAGAUCUUCGAUACCUAGAACUGAUCAGCACUAUUGAGGAGAGGAAGAAGAGGGGAGAGAGCAACAAUGACCUGUUUCUGGCAGACGUGUUUUCAUACCAGGGGAAGUUCCAUGAAGCCGCCAAACUGUACAAGAGGAGUGGGCAUGAAAACCUCGCCCUCAACAUGUAUACUGACCUCUGCAUGUUUGAGUAUGCCAAGGAUUUCCUUGGAUCUGGAGACCCUAAAGAAACAAAGAUGCUCAUCACCAAGCAGGCCGACUGGGCCAGAAACAUCAAUGAGCCCAAAGCCGCGGUGGAGAUGUACAUCUCGGCAGGGGAGCAUGCCAAGGCCAUAGAGAUCAGCGGCAGCCAUGGCUGGGUUGACAUGUUGAUAGAUAUUGCUCGAAAGUUGGACAAGGCUGAGCGGGAGCCCCUGCUCAUGUGUGCUCGCUACUUUAAGAAGCUGGAUAGUCCUGGCUACGCUGCUGAGACCUACCUGAAGAUUGGGGACCUGAAGUCUCUGGUGCAGCUGUAUGUGGACACCAAGCGCUGGGAUGAGGCCUUUGCUUUAGGUGAGAAGCACCCUGAGUUCAAGGAUGACAUCUACGUGCCCUAUGCGCAGUGGCUAGCAGAGAAUGACCGCUUUGAGGAAGCCCAGAAAGCCUUCCACAAGGCCGGGAGGCAGGGAGAAGCAGUGCGGGUGCUGGAGCAGCUCACCCACAACGCUGUGGUGGAGAGCAGAUUCAACGAUGCUGCCUAUUAUUACUGGAUGCUGUCCAUGCAGUGCCUCGACAUGGCUCAAGUAGAUCCCGCCCAGAAGGAUGUGAUGCUUGACAAGUUUCACCAUUUCCAGCACCUGGCUGAGCUGUACCAUGGCUACCAAACCAUUCACCGAUACACGGAGGAGCCAUUCAGCUUUGAUCUCCCCGAAACCCUCUUCAACAUCUCCAAGUUCUUGCUGCACAGCCUGACCAAGGCCACCCCCUUGGGCAUCUCCAAAGUGAAUACACUCUUCACAUUGGCCAAGCAGAGCAAGGCUCUGGGUGCUUACAAGCUGGCCCGGCAUGCCUAUGACAAGCUGCGGGGGCUGCAGAUCCCUGCCAGGAUCCAGAAGUCCAUUGAGCUGGGCACCCUGACCAUCCGCUCCAAGCCCUUCCAUGACAGUGAGGAGCUGGUUCCCUUGUGCUACCGCUGUUCUACCAACAACCCACUGUUGAACAACCUUGGCAAUGUCUGCAUCAACUGCCGCCAGCCCUUCAUCUUCUCCGCCUCUUCCUACGAGGUGCUGCACCUGGUGGAAUUCUACCUGGAAGAGGGCAUCACUGACGAAGAAGCUGUUGCCCUCAUUGAUCUGGAGGCACCAAGACACAAGAGGGAGGGCAAAUGGCAGGAGACCUCAAGCAACAAUUCCCAGACAUUGAGGCUGGAUGAGACCAUGGACUCCAUAGGAGAAGACGACCCAUUUACAGCCAAGUUGAGCUUUGAGCAAGGUGGCUCCGAGUUUGUGCCUGUGGUGGUGAGCCGGUCAGUCCUACGCUCCAUGAGCCGAAGGGAUGUUCUCAUCAAGCGCUGGCCCCCACCGCUGCAAUGGCAGUAUUUCCGCUCACUGUUGCCUGAUGCCUCCAUCACCAUGUGCCCCUCCUGCUUCCAGGUACCCAGCCCACAGCUGGCCCCUCCUGCUCCUCCAUUCUCCGUAUCUCCCUUGGGAAGCUGUGGGGAUGGGGGAGAUCAUGAGCUGUCCGGAGACUGCCCCUCUCACUGCCCAGCAGGUUCCUGCUCUGCACACCCCUGAAUGAGGGAUGUGGGACCUGUGACCCUCAUUCUGACAAAGAGUUCCCAGUCCUCAGGUCAACACACUGCAGGUCUGUAGCUGCUACUGCAGCUCACUGCUUAGCUGCUUCCCCUCAGGGCAGCACUCCUAGCCCAGGCUCAGGGCUUGAGGGGCACCUGACUCUACCUCCCUGUGUCCUGGGCUGUGUCUCCUCAGAUGUUCCAUUCGGAGGACUAUGAGCUGCUGGUGCUCCAGCAUGCCUGUUGCCCUUACUGCCGACGGCGCAUCGACGACACUGGCCCGUGAGCAGUGAUGGCCUCUGGGGCCUCCUGCUCCCAUGGUCUCCUUGCUGUUCCCAGACUGUUGGAGAGAAAGAAUUAAACCCUCAGAACACGUCUCCUGCCCAGAUGAAGUUUGUAUGUUGGGGAGGGGCCUUGCCUGUGUAACCACAGAGUUCCUAUUUAUGGCAUUUCAUUCCUUGUAAAUAGCAUCAGGAGAUGGGGAAGAGAAUGCACAUAUAUUUUUCUAAGAAAAAAAAAUGUGUUACUUUUAGAAGGGCUCAUGUGUUCAUAGCAGCCUGCUGUAGUCCAUAGAUCCGUCAGACCGUUACCGUGCACACUUUGCCAACAGAUUGCCUCAAUAACGACAAAUAAAAGGGCUACUCGUUUUCA